AUGGAUUGGCAUCCAUUCACUGAUGAGGAAAAGUCGGAAUUACUGCGAUCGUGGAAGGUGAUCGAGGCACAAAAGCAAGCUGUAGGAUGCGAUAUUUACGAAAUGAUUUUCAAUCAGUUAGAACCUUUCCUUUGUGUAUCAAUAAAAGCUCCAAAAGAACUGCACAAUAAGUUUCGUAUAAUAGUAAUAUGUAUAGUAGGAAGAUAUGAGGAAGAGCUGAGCUCUGUGAACGAGUGA